CUAAAAGGACGUUGUGUGGGUACGGCGGAAGUACAGUGGAAUGGCUCAUACAGCAUUUGGUUGUUUCUAAUUUUGCGAAUAGUUAAAUUAUUACAUUGUGUUUGCACGAUUGCGAAACAUGGCUUGUUUCUUCAGAAGUAGAAUUGCAGAAAAGCUGGGUCGGACUCUGCAACAGUCUGAGGAUGCCUUCAUACCAGCUCUGUCAGCAGUUCCAGUUUUUAAGAAACAGCAGACUGCUGACUUCAAACUGUCAAUCAGCACAUUACGGAUCAGUGGGAUUUUACCAUCCAGUGGUGACAUUCAGCUGCAGACAGAAGACUUGGCCACUCGGUUGAAGCAGGACAGUGUGGUGGAGGACAUAUCUGCUGGAUGUGGAGUGAUCAACUUUAAAGUGAAUCGCAAGCUUCUUGUCCAGAAAAUGUUGGAGCCAUUUGGAAAAGAGGAGGAUGUAAAAUUUGGGUUAACUAGUGAACUUUUCAAUAAUCUCAAGAGAGGCACAACACUAGUUGAAUAUAGCUCUCCAAAUAUUGCCAAAAAAUUUCACGCUGGACACUUAAGAUCAACAAUUAUUGGUAACUUCAUUGCUAACUUAAAGCAGUCCCUGGGAAACAAUGUCAUUCGCAUGAAUUACCUUGGUGACUGGGGAAUGCAGUUUGGUUUGUUGGGUGCUGGGUUUUGUCAAUUUGGAUGUCAGGAGAAACUAAAACAGAAUCCCUUACAGCAUUUGUUUGAGGUUUAUGUUCAAGUAAACAAAGAAAUAGAGCACAAUGAGGAUAUGAAGCAGGCUGCCAGAGACUUCUUUAGACAGCUGGAGCAGCAUGAGAGCGGGGCUGUGUCGUUAUGGCAACAGUUCAGAGAGAUUACAGUGGACGAGUAUCAACACAUUUACAAGCGUUUAGGGGUCCACUUUGAUAUUUACUCCGGAGAGUCUUUUCACCAAGAUCAAGCCCAGGAGGUGGUGCAGCAGCUGCAGACCCAAGGCCUGUUGAAAACCUCUGAGGAAGGAACGGGUGUAGUGGAUCUCUCCCCAGCUGGAGACAUGAGCAGCGUCUGCACGGUGCUCCGCAGUGACGGCACAACUCUCUACAUCUCCAGAGACCUUGCUGCAGCGAUUGACCGAAAAGCAAAGUACCAUUUUGAUGAGAUGAUUUAUGUGACGGAUACAAGUCAGGCAAAUCACUUCCAGCAGUUGUUCCACAUCCUGCUAGCUAUGGGACAUUCUUGGGCUGACAGGUGUAAGCAUGUACCUUUUGGCCUGGUGCGGGGCAUGAAGACCCGUAGCGGUGAGGUGGUGUUUCUGGAGGACGUGCUGGACGAAGCUCGGGCCAGGAUGCUCCACAACAUGAGCCAGUCAAAAACAACAAAGAAAAUGGACAACCCAGAGGACACAGCAGAGAAAGUUGGUAUCAGUGCCCUAAUAGUGCAGGAUUUCAAAGGUCCCCUGCUGUCGGACUAUACGUUUGACUGGGACAGGAUGCUGCAGGCUCAGGGAGACACGGGAGUUUUCCUUCAGUACACACAUGCUCGAAUCUGCAGUCUAAUAAGGAGAAAUGACGGUGCCAAGGCAGCUGUAUUUGAUCCAUCCCUUCUAUUUGACCAGACGAGCAUCACCAUCCUGCAACACCUCCUUCGCUACGAUGAGGUGCUGUACAAGUCGGCGCAGGAUCUGCAGCCCAAACACCUUGUCAACUUUUUAUUGAAGCUGUGCCACCUGAUUGCCUCAGCACAUAAAGAGCUGCCAGUCAAAGGAAGCUCACAGGAUAUUGCACAGGCAAGGUUACGACUGUUCAGUGGAGCCUGCUCAGUCCUGGCCAACGGGAUGAGGAUCCUGGGAAUCACACCAGUUGAUAAAAUGUGAAACUAAUGACUUUAUCUGUGUUUUAACUGCUGUAGGUACCAUACUGCAAAUAAAAAAACUUCCAUUUUCAAAAUAAAUUCAUUACAAGCAUUUGCUUGUCUUACAAUUGUCUCAGGUAUUUGCCACUCACAGAUCGUGAUUAAAAGGAAGUCAUUCCUUAGUUAGUCACUAGGUUGUGAUGUAGAAA